AUGAUGGCGCGCACGGCGCUUAUCUCCUGCCUGCUGCUGGUCGACCAUGCUGACGCUUUCGUGGUCCCCGCUGCCCCAGGCCGCACGAGCUUUCGACAUCAUCGCACCGCCGGCGGAAGCAAUGGCCCAGCGGCGGCCGCGGUCGGGCUGCGGCCGGCCUACGCGGCGGCGGUAGCGGCCGGUGUCGAGGGAGCUGCGGCGGAGCGGUUAGCGAGCAGCUACGCGUCGACUAGAAGUACGGCCAGGAUGGGAGUCGUCGGGGCCGGGGUGGGACGGGCGGUGGGGAGAGGGCUGGCCGCUGCGGCGUUCGCCACGGGAGGCUUUCUUACUCGCCGGACGGCCGUGGUGGGCGCGGCGGUGGCGGCAGUCGGCCUUCUCGGGGCCGUUGCCAUCAAGGUGCUCGACACACCCUCGAGGCCGUACGACGCGGACGCGAACACGGUCGGGAACGAGUACGAUGCAUGGACGGAGGACGGCAUCUUGGAGAGCUACUGGGGAGAGCACAUCCACCUCGGCUACUACAACGAGGAAGAGCGGAAGAAGGGAGCGUUCCGGAAGGACUUUAUCCAGGCCAAGUACGACUUUAUCGACGAGAUGGCCAAGUGGGGGGGCGUGGUGGCCGGGCCCGAGACGUCUCCGAAGAAGGUGCUGGACGUCGGCUGCGGGGUUGGGGGCACGUCCCGGUACUUGGCCAAGAAGCUCGGGCCCGAGACAAGCGUGACGGGGAUCACCCUCAGCCCCAAGCAGGUGGAGCGCGCGACGCAGCUGGCGGAGGAGCAAGGGGUGCCGAAUGCCAAGUUCCAGGUGACCAACGCCCUGGACAUGACCUUCGAGGACGAGUCGUUCGACCUCGUCUGGGCGUGCGAGAGCGGAGAGCACAUGCCCGACAAGGGCAAGUACAUCGAGGAGAUGACGCGCGUGCUCAAGCCCGGGGGACAGCUCGUGGUGGCGACGUGGUGCCAGCGGGACAACUCCACCAUGUCCUUCACGCCCGAGGAGGAGAGGAAGCUCGACUUCCUCUACAGCGAGUGGACGCACCCCCACUUCAUCUCGAUAAACGACUACGCCAAGCUGAUGGAGGGUACUGGGCAGCUGGAGCAGGUGGAGACGGAUGACUGGGCAGAACAGACCACACCGACAUGGCGGUUAUCUAUCUGGGUCGGCGUGGUAAACCCAUGGCCUUGGCUCAGGGUGCCGCGGUCGUACUACAAGACGGUGCGCGACGCGUGGUGCAUCGAGCGCAUGCACCAGGCGUUUAAGAAGGGUCUCAUGCAGUACGGCAUGAUCAAGAGCGUCAAGAAGAAGGCGGCCCCGCCACCGCCGCCACCGCCGCCGCCGUCUCCGGAAGGACCGACCACCCCACCGACGCCGGUCAUCGUCCCGUAGUUCCGUGACACACCGUGACACACGGUACAAAAGUUAGCGGUUUUGUUAGGUUGCGGGGAAAACAUCGUCGUCCACCUUUUAGGGACGGCGGCCGUGUCUUGGGGUCGAUUUUUGGAAAGCGUUAUGGAAGCCGGCCCGCUAUUUUUGGUUAGGAAGCAACGAGAGGCGCCCUUCCUUGCCGCGUGGGGUUUGGGGGGCACGAGCGAUGUUGGCCAAGGCGUUGGAGUGAGACAGGUGUCUACCCCACUCGAUGGUCGUGAGAAAAUCGCGUGUUUGGGGUGAAGAACUGCUGUUUUGUUCCCUUCGCGGUGAGGAGUUGUGGGAGUGUUUUUUUUUUUUUUUCACAAGGGGGAGACGUUGAUAAAUCAGCGCGGAUUCGGAAAGCCUUAUCGAGUAGGCUAGGCCAACGCUGGGGGUGAAAGUGGAUCUUGGGGGCUUUUCCGGACCUCCUCGUCGACUUUCGUUAUUUUCGGAAGAACCUCCACACGAAAUAGAUGAAGAAAACAUGUGAAUUUUCGCGG